AUGUCUUACCCAGUGACCAGCCAGCCCCAGUGUGCCAGCAGCAGCUACCAGACCCAGCUCAGUGACUGGCACACCGGUCUCAUGGACUGCUGCAACGACAUGCCCAUCUGUCUGUGCGGCACCUUCGUCCCUCUGUGCCUCGCCUGCCGCAUCUCCGACGACUUCGGCGAGUGCUGCUGCACGCCCUACCUGCCCGGAGGCCUGAACUCCCUCCGCACCGGCAUGCGCGAGCGCUACCGCAUCCAGGGGACUGUCGGGAAGGACUGGGCGGCCCUCACCUUUUGUUUGCCCUGCGCCCUCUGUCAGAUGGCGCGGGAACUGAAGAUUCGAGAGUAAAGAAGUUCCCCCCUCCCCCCUCCUUUUCCACCUGUCACGCCUGGCCCCCACUGCCCCCUCCUGGGAAGACCUGCUCCUCCGCCCUAUUCCGCCACCAGAAAUACACCCACAAUAAAAACCUG